CGUGCAUGCCUCUAUUACCCGACAGUUGGCUCCGAAUGUGUCGGGAAUCAUGUAAGAACAGUACAAUCCGUGUCGUUAUAUACCAUACACGACGUAUCCGUGCAACACGUACACAUAGAGACGAACGAAUAUUUUUCUCCUCGGCAAAUCUAGUCGACGUUAAAGACGUCGGGCUUAAAGCUUUUGUGAAAUGUCAAGCACCGUACAUUAUAAUGGGUUGAAUGUGUUCGGGAAAACUGUCAAACUAAACGUAAACGAUAGAGCACCAUUCGAAAGCAGAGGCGAACCAGUGAGAGGAAUAGCACGGACGGGAAAAAGUGGGAGUGAAAGUGGAAAAAUUCACUUUUUCAAAAUUAUACGAGGAGCAAAGGCACGUUCCUAGUAAUACGUGAGGCUGCUGAUGUUUCGCAAAAAACGAUGGAGCCCGAGGAACCUCUGUUACAAGGGAUCCUGCUGUUACCACCGCAGGGAAUGUUAGGCCAGCUCAAGAAAUCUUGGCACAAAAGAUUCUGUCAGCUGUUUAGGACUAGUAACUAUGGGAUCAAACGUGUAGAAAUUUAUGACAAUCAAGAAGAAGCUAUAUUGCAGUUACAUGCUCCUCGCAUCAUCACGUUAGAUGCAUGCAUUAAAAUAGCACCUAGCAAUCAGUCACAUGUAUUUAUUGUUGUGACUAAAUCAGGAAUUCAUUAUUUUGGAUGCUAUUCGGAAUCUGAUAUGAGUCAUUGGAUCACUGCAUUCCAAUUAGUAGCAUUUAAAGAUAGCGUGUCUAAUCAAACAAUAGAGGAGAACAACGACCUGUACUGUACCAGUGGAGAAGGAGUAUUUUCUGUGAAAGUGGUAGAGACAGAUGCAUCUAAGCGAUGUGGUUUAGAAACUAGAAACUAUACACUUGUAGUAGCUGCAGUUGAUAUUAAAUUAAUGGAUGGGGAUGUAGUUCUAUUUACUUGGCCAUAUCGAUAUAUCAGAAGAUAUGGUUACAAAGAUGGAAAAUUUAUUUUUGAAGCAGGACGAAAAUGUGAAUCUGGAGAAGGUUCUUUUCGCUUGGAACACAGCAGUCAACAAGAAAUUUUUCGUUGUAUGUAUUCCAAGAUGAGGUCAAUGAAAAAGUUAAUGCAUGAAGAAAAUAGUGCAAACAUUGACUGUAAUGAUGCUCAAUAUCACGCAGCCUUAUCGAUGGAAGCUGGAUCUAGAGCAGCCUUACCCCCUUCUCCAAAUAGUUCUGCUAACUUAAUCGAUAUUGAUUUUUCACCGCAAAAUUCACAGAAACAGUCGACUUCAUCAUCUAAUUUAGAUACUAGUUCAUCUUCUAAACCGUCUUUGUGUAUCGGUAAACCGAAACCCGCGAAACCACCGCGAAAAUACGUUUUCACCAGUUUGUUAGACAAAAAAAGCGUAGAUACCGAAGUAUCAGAGUUGCCUGCCUGUGGAGAAUACAAAGCAUUAAAUCGCGAUAAUUCGCCAGAGAUGUCUCAAAAAACGAUAGGAAGUUCCAUAUUAGAUGACGAAGAAAGACAUCCUUACGACCUAGUAGAAGUAAGAAAUGAUGCAUGGAAAACUCAUGGUAUUGACAAUAUACAUCACACAGAGAGAUUAAACUCGUUGUUGCAUAGUGAUAAAGACAAAGAAAACGAAGAUGAUUUCCAAUAUGAAACGAUGAUGCCUGUUAUAUCGUCCCAAAGCUCUUCAAAGAGUAAGUCUAGUAUUACAGAUAGUCCAGUGACUUCAACAACUAAUCAUGUACCCAAUGAUGAAUCUGAUUACGACAAAUUGGAGCAUUUUGGUUCUGCAACUAAAAUUACUCAAAAGGGCACAUUCAAAUUUGGAAACUUUAAUAGCAUGUCCCAAAAUUCACAUUCAAAUGUAUCUUUAAAUACUUCUGUUGCUGAUACCAGUACUGCAUGGUCCAAUUAUGAUAUUGUUGAAGAUAUGUCUGCUGUUAGAUUAGCAGAUGAUAGUCAUCUUGGAUAUGGUGUUAUUAGAAAGAAAACAAAUCAGUCUGAUACUGCAUCUACAAGCAGUAAUAUGGGUCCAAAGCAUAAAGUCUUUAAUAAUAGUGAAUAUGCAAUUGUGUCAAAACCAAAAAGGGUAUAAAAAAUCAAAAAUAAUUUCAGUUAAUAGCGACUACACAAAUAUAUUAAUUAUUUCUGCUCCAGAGAUUCUUAGUUCCCGAAAAUAAUAAUGAAAUACUAGUCUACAGUAUGACUAGGGUAAGCUGAUUUUUAUUGUGCUAAAUAAUGACAAAAAUAAACAUGUCAAUAUUUUAUAAUAUUAUAAAAGUGCAGAAGUGAAAUGACAUAUUUUUGUGCAAAGAUUAGUUUAAGAAGUACUAGUCUAUGUAAUCACUGUCAAUUAUGUAAGAAUAAUUUUUAGAGGCAAGAUGAUUUUACACAUUUUAAUAAUAUUUAAAAUAUAUUAUUCAACAAAUAUUAAAUGCUAGUUUAUCAAUAUUAUAAAUCUGAAAAAAUUGUCACUAGUAUUUCAAAAAUAUCAAAAUGACUGAUUGCAAUGAAAAGAUACAGUACCUUAUAUCACAAAACAUAGUCUGAUAACAAAGUCAAGCAGAAUUUGGAAAUUAACUUUGCAUGUCAUUCCAAUAUCUGGUGUACUUAGAGAUUUUUAAUGUUAUUAAUAUCAAUAAUAUUAUCACCAUAAUUAAUUAUUCAUAGUCCAUUAUUAUAAUACUAUUGCAAGUUGGACAGAAGUAAUGCCUUCAGAGAUGUUUAAAGUUUACAAUAGAAAUUUUUAAAGAUAUAGGAUUUACAUAUGCAUGAUAAGGAAAAAGCAAUAAAUCAUUCCUUUUGUUUUUAAUACUAUAUACGUACAUAUUUUACAUAUAUAUAUUUGUAUUAUACAUAUAUACACAUUUAUAAAAGAUUUAAUUAUCAUCUAUAUAUUUCACUGUUAGUAAGAAAAGACAUUUUUAUAACAAAAUAUAAUAUGUAUAUGUACAUAUUAUUUGAUAUACACAGAGAAGUAUUCAAUGCAUAACACAAUUAGAAAUUUGCCAUAUAAUUUCUACAUGUGCCAAGAUCUGUCAUUUCUUUAAAUGAAAUUAAAUGUUAUUGAUAUUAGAUAUAUAAUAUCUAAAUUUGUUUUCGUAAAAAAAAAAAUACAUGUAUAUUUAAUACUCUGAAUGAAGAAGCAAAUCUUACAGAAUUUGCAUCAUCUGAUCUGAGGAACUUUGUUCAAGAAUAUAUAUUUUUUACCAAAUUGUAUAUAUUAGAAAUAUUAUUUACAUGUAAUAUACAAACGCACAGUAGAAACAAUGCUGUUCUUUUUUAGCAAUUCUAACAUGAAGGAUCAAAAAACAUUUAAGUCUUUCUAUAUCAACCAAACUUUGGAUAUUAUUGUUUCUCCAUAAUUAUAACAUAGCAUAAAAAAUACACAUAGUCUACAAUAAA